AUGCGCCAACGUGGAAAGGUAUUGGUUACUGAGGGACCAACUCCUAAGUUCCUUUAUGCUAUGCUCAAGCAGCUGGACCUGAAGAUUAUUGAUUGGAACCAGGUUGCCUUGGAUAUUGAGAUAUCAAAUGGCCACGCUGCUCGGAUGCGAUUCUCUCGAUUCCGUAACCAGAUGGAAGGUACCACGGGAGCCAAGCGAGGGCCGAAGAAGAACACCUCUAAAGGGAAAAAGGGCGAAAAAUGCGACAUGGAGCAUCUUACACCACAUUUACCGAAUAUGCUUCAAAAUCCAAACCCCAAUCCAAAUACACUGUCAGUUCCUAUGCAAAUUGAGGAACCUUCGAAUGGUGUCAAAAUGGAGCCCCGGGACAACGAGAUUGACCUGAACACAGUCAAAUGCGAGCCUAAUAACGAAGAGUCAUCGACACUCGGGAGAUUUCCCGAGCUCUACCAUUCGCACCAUUGGUGUCAGCCACGCUUAGCAUCGAGCAUGGAUUUUGAUUCGCAGAUGCACGCCAAUCACCCCUUCUUUCCUAAUGAGAUGUAUUUUCCACUGGAAGGAAUACCCCAUACAGCUUCCUCAAUACCGGAAAUGAGUCCGCAGCAAUUGUAUCUUCAUGCACCAGAGAUAAGACACCAGCAACUGGCUUCAAGUUUCCCUCAUGCUCCGGUACUACGAUGGGAGCCACCUGCUUCGCCUCGGCAUUUAUUUCAGCCCCUGACAGAAGAAGCCUUCUUCAAUACUUCGGUAUCAACUUGGGAGCCAUCUGUAUUAGCUCAGAGCUCCUCUCAACCCCCAGCACCAGUCGUGAAGACCGAGGAGGACAAUGAACUGACAGGGACUUCCUGUAAGAUAGAGACAUAUCAGUUGGAUUAA